AUGGUUUCUAUUUAUUUUGUUGUUGUUGUUGUUUGGAUGUUGCACGUGCAUGUGUUCUUCCCUCUUUUUCCUUUUCUUCUUGUAUGUGGUUCUUUUUUCUCCUCUUCGAGCGGAAAACAAGCCGUAGCCCGCGUUUGUGCGAGCAAUCGGUGGGAGGUGGAGAGGGGUAUGCGCAUGUGUAGCCUCACACUUUCUGAAUUCCACGCAGAAAUCCGUCGUUCCCACCUGCUGAUGUCUUCUUCUUCUUCGUCUGUGUUCCUCUUCUGCACGGCAGCGAGACAGGACCCGGCGGCCUCAUGGCGCAUUCCUAAAAAAGAAAAAAAAAAUGCUUUGUCAUCCUCUUUCCCUUUUUUUUCUUUUUGUGUUUUUGCUCUCCUCUCGGUGUAUCCGUACUGCGGCCAGUGUACUUUGCUCACUGUGGCGCUCGCGAUGAAGCCUGGGAUGCGGGUGGAAAAUAGGGAGACGAUGGAGGCGCCGGCGCCUCAACAGCCCGUGAAGUCAGGCCGUGGGGGUUAUUUGCGGUGCCCCUUUGACAUUGACUCAGCUUUUGCCGCGAUGGCGGAGUUAAACGCGGCGGGGGGUGCUUUAGGUCACAAGACUCACCGGCCGCACGCCGUAAGUGGGAGCGGCGCUGGGAAUGAUGGCGAAAACGAUGAGGAUGACGUUUGCCGUCCUUGGAAUCGAGCAGGGGUUGGCGCAAAGGCCCUCAGCGCAAAGGAGAGAAGAUCACAGCAGCAGGACGCAGAGCGUAUCUACGGUUCCAUGGCCGCUUGUAACGUCGAUGAGAUCACUGGGGAUGCGUCUACAGCCCCGGAUAAGGGUUUGGCGGUUGCGCUCUCCACAUGGGAAAAGACUGCCCUGCAGCGUGUUUUGCCGCGGGGAGUACUCAAGAGGAAACGUCAGCGCAACAAUGAAAAUUGUGGAGAGGAAGCAGUGGAUGGAGAAGGUUGCAACGAAGUAGGGAGGCAGCAACGACAAAAUAAUGUGUUAGGACGGAGGAGAGAGGGUGAAGAACGCUCUUUGUCUGCUGGAUUUGGGGACUCACACCGUAAGACGGGGGGCGACCAAAAUGAAAAUGUUCAUCCACGUGAAUUUGGGGGUUCAUAUGCAACAAGAAAGACGGAAGAACAGUCGCGCACAGAGAAAAACAAGCCAAUAAACAGACUCCAAAGACUGGAUGCGAUGCGAAACGCUGCACUGUUUGGAAAGAAAAAAUAG